AUGACCCAUGCAUCUUUCUAUGUUUGGAUGAAAAAUGAAAGAGGACAGUACCCAUUCAUGACAUUCAUGCUAGGUGAAGAUGAGAGUUUUGAUGAACUAGAAGGUGCAGUUGAAGAAGAAGAAGAGAGCAUCCAUGAGAAAGGUGGAGGAAAACAGAAGAAGAAAGGAUCAAAAGAUUCAACUAGCAGGAGGAGAAGAGCAUGGUCAGCUCUAGCAGAUGAAGGAAAGGGUGAUGAAGCGGAAGAUGAAGCAUCCAGUAUUCAACGUGAGCUUCAAGAAGCUGGAAAAGAAGAAGCUAGAAGGAAAAAGGAGGAAGCAGAAAAGAAGAGAGCUGAUGAUCUGUGGAGUGGCUUUUUGAGUGGUGUUAAUCAAAAACCUAAAUCUUCUCAAACACAAAAUAACAAAUCUGCUAAAUCUGUGACACCAUCUCCUAAAAAGACAUCUUCCAAUGAGUCAGCAACUCCAACUUCACAAACAAAUGGGAGCAAGGCUGACAGCACUCUUAAAAUAACUAAAGUUUUUGACUUUGCUGGAGAAAAAGUAGAAGUCACCAAAGAAGUAGCUGCUUCCUCAAAAGAAGCGAAGAAUUACCUCAAAGAGCAGGAGGAGAAGGAUGGUCCUGCCAAGUCAACCACUAUACCAGGGAGUUCUAACACUGGGUCGGCAGUAGUUCCCAACUCACUUGGUUCAUCAUCAAAACCAACUAUUUCUUCAGGGAUAAAACGAUCUGGUGGUGGACUAGGAAAUGUCUUAGGUCAAAUUGGCAAAAAGCAGAAAAUUAGUACAUUGGAAAAAUCUCGCUUAGAUUGGGAGAGUUUCAAGAAUAAAGAAGGGAUCACAGAUGAGCUGAAAAUACAUAAUAAAGGCAAAGAUGGAUUUGUGGAGAGACAAAGAUUUUUGCAGAGGGCUGAUGUUAGGCAGUAUGAGAUUGAAAGAGAUCUACGAAUGGCACAGACAAAGGUCCUGAGAUGAUGACCUUGACAUUGAUGUAGAUAUCUGGACAAUGUUAAUAUUUCCUAAUAUACUCAGGCUGAUGGUGCAUGAUCCAUCUAACUCAUCUCCUCAUUACUGACCCAAAGCAUUGAAUAUGAAAUGAUAUCUCUGAUGAUCAGUUGCUUAUUCACUUGGUUGUAGUUCAUGUAUAGGAGUUCAUCACUGAAUGUAGUCAAUAUCAAUUAUUACAUCUUCAGGCUACAAGUCAUUCUACUAGCAGUUCAUAAUUCUAGCUCUGGCCUUGGCAGAUCCAGAUUUCAUUUCAGUAACAUUUUAUCUUCGAAUGGAUUACUUGGAAACAGUGGUGUAUGCGCUCCACUGCACACUUUUAGAGGGUACAAAAGUAACCAAGUACUGUACUAGCCAGUAGCAUCAAAACUUUGAAGGAGUAGGAUUUCAUUGCUUACCUUGGUCACUGGUUUCCGUAAAUCUGCUGCUGCUUAGAUAAUACAAUAGAAGCAAUGUUAUUGGUGAUAUUAACAACAUUAUAGGGGUCAGAGAUUUCAGAUAAUUCUUCCUGACACAGUUGUGAAUGAUUGUAUUAGGACUCUGAAAUGGCUGCGUCUUGUACAAAGAAAUGACCUACAUGACUAAAGAAAUCAAUCAGAUUUUAAUAGAGAUUGCGGAUUGCCAAAUGGGUCUUGUGAAUACAUUUGUCGAAGGCAAAGUUUUGAGUUUGUGAGGUAUACUGAAAAAUAAAAAGGUUGACUUAUGUGGAAUAUUUCAUAUGCAAAAAGAAAGGAAUUUAAAGGAACAGCAAUGUCGGGAUCUACCAAUUUAACCAAAGCUCUAGUUUUAGAUCAAAGGCCCUUGAAAUUCUUUUGUUUGAAUUAUUAAUGUAUUUCAAAAACUUAAAUUCAAUAUUUUGAGGGCAAGUUCACUUUUCAAAAGGACACAUUUUUGUAUUUAUGGCACAAAUAUGUCAAAGGUCAGUGAAUUGGACAAUCAAUAGGGUAUCCAAGGUUAUGGCUUUAGAUGGUCUUAGAUUAAUUCAAGCCCUGCUGGUGUGUAGACUUAUUUGACCAUGAGGCCAUAAAAAGUGAGGUUUAAAAAAAGCGCUGAUGUGCUGUUAGGGAUUGCAUUGUGAUAUUUUUGUCUCCUGAGCCUCCAGUUUCUAAGAUGCUUAUUCACUGCAAAGUCAUAUACAAUUAGCUUUUGAAGAGUCCAAAUCACAUGAGUCAAUUAUUGUAUUAGUUGAAUGUAAUCAGGAGACCCAUCUGUGCUUAUAUUGCCCACUUUUUGCAGAUUUUUUAAUGUAAAAUUCUGUGUCAGUCAAAGCUUUUUUUUUUACUGUGUUAAACUCAUAUUUUUGAAAAGAUGAUAGAUCUUAUUUUGUUCAAAGAUUGCACUUUAAAAAUACAGCUAUAAAAGGAUGUAACUCUUAUCUUUGUUUUUUUAUUUUUAUAAAAACGGGUCAAUUGUGUAAUUAUUACAGUCUAACGUAAUAUUAUUUUUAUGAUAACUCAUCUAAAAAUACCACAAAUCAUUUUUUAAGGAGGCAAAUAAUGCUAUAAUUGCAUUAUAACCUAAUUUUAUAUUGAAAGAAAAUCUUGUCUUAUAAAAAUGCACCUAUACAUGUUUUCUACAUGAAGGCAGUUGAUGUAUGUUAGGGUAUCUGUUAUAUGUUAAGAUAUAAAAUUGUAAGCUGUGAAAUAUACCAGUAGCCUUUUCAAGAUUUUAGAUUUACUUUGAUGAAGCAGAAGAAUCAAUCUGAAUUCAUCAUUUAUUUGGCCUUCAGCAACUUUUGUUUGCUAUGUUUGUUUGUUUGUUUUUUUGAAGGAAAACAUGUAAAACAGUAAAUAGUGAGCUCAUAGUAGGCAACUUUUUUAAUUGAAAAUUUUCACCAUAAGAAGUCAAAGCAAGUGGAUUUUGCACAAAACUGCUGAUAAAGCUAGACUGGAAUAUAUUCUUGAGUGUUAUAUCAGGUUCAGAAUCCUUUGAUUUCACUCAGCUACGGUCAAAAUAUGUUCAAUGUAGAUGAAUAAUCUUGUUGUUAUCUUGUUUUUAAGAGCAGUUUGUUGUGCAACAAAUUAAACAAAAUUUGAUAAGGGUUGUUAAAAAUUUGAUACUACUUUGGUAAAGUGCCUUUAAAGAUUUAGGGCACCUAAAUUAGCACAAGAAUAUGGUCCAGUCGUUCAUUAAUUGGGUGUAACUCAAAAAGCCUUAUAUGACGCAUCACCUAUUUGAAAUUGAUCUUUGUGGAAACUCAUGAAGAUAAUUGCAUGUGCUUUCUUAUCCAAAUCAUUGUAUUGUAAAAAAAAAGUUUCUGUUCUAUUUGACAUUCUAAUAAGGAUGAUAAUAAAAGUCCUCAUUUUUUUGCUUGACAUACAAUUAGGUAAAACAUGGCUGUACAAGAAAGUUUGAAUCCUAUUGAAGAUUUAAUGUUGACAAACAUCAUGAUAAGUGUAACAUAUUUGUUAGAUUUAAAAAAUCUGUCUAGUGACAAAAAAAAACA